GUCUGUCUUGGGGCGAUUGCAGUGCUUUGCGUAGCAGGUUGGCGUUUUUCUGUAAUCGCCAACCUCGCCAACGGUAAUGCCAUUCCUAUUUGGCUCUUGGAGAUAAUUCUUGAGUCGCAAGAAGAUGGCGCGCAUAUUGAGCGGGGUGAGCAGCAGCAGUAACCCCAUACGACCAACAAAAGCAGACGCCGGACCACCCUUAUUUUCGGCUGUGUUGCCAAGCGAGACGAGCGCCCGACGAGGUUCAGCGCCGAGCAUUCGACAGCGCGCAUCUCGGUUACUAUGCAGCCGCCGGGAGGAUGGCUCGAAAGGCGCCUCUGACGAUGGCGGCGGCGCCAUGAAGGACGAGGAUUUUGGUGGAGGGGUCCUUGGUGGCGAGAAGGCAGACGAUGGAAGUUCGUCAUACCGUAUUAAGCUAACAAGUCCGGGCUUUUCCUCCUAUCGUGCGUUCGAGGCACUCAUGCGCUCUGACCUGGUUCGCAUUGCCGCUCUUGACGAGUUCAGCAGUACUGAAAAUAGCGGUCAACUGAAGACAGACGAUGCUCAACUGCAGAAGGGGUUGCAACGAUGCGCGGAACAGCUGCGAGAGCACGCGACCGCGACCGAGCUCGCGUCAAGGGUGGCGUUUCUAGAACUUCUAGUUGUGCGAUUGGGCCUUCUCUUCGGCUCUGCCCUCCGUCAUUACACAACUACUGGCACUUGUUCUGCGCCGGAUUUGCUAGAAGACGACGACACCUGGACCUCAGCUACACUCUCUAGUACAUUGUCGUCGAAUAGGAAUGCUGCCUACGCGGACACGCGCAUUGGAUGGGUCCCAGGUGUCUACACGAGUUUCGUUGCGGCACUUCGCUCUUCUCACGAAACAAAAGCUAAAGUUCUCAAGACACGCGUCGCCGAACUACCUGAGCCAGUAGCACAAAAGCCAAAACUUACGGUGGAACACUUAGGAGUUGCAGGACUAAAAAAUGGAAGCAUCAACAUUCCGCCAACAAAAGCUGACCACGUCGUGCAAGACCAAGAGAGCCGUGCGAGCCGAAGUAUUGAGCAGACAAUUGUUCGAGUUGAGCAAGGAACGCAAAGCGAAAGUCGAGAAAAGAAAGACGCGUCACAGCAGACGCAGGGUGUCGAAAUGCGCGAUGCAAGCACCGAGGCAAGCAUCGAAGAAGACACCCAGACUUUGCCUGCUGUUGAACAUAAGGCUUUCCCAUCAGUAGUUGUUGAAACGCAGCACCGGGAUGUGCAAACCUCGAUUUCCUUGACAGCCGUAGAGGAUAUGUCGGCAGCACUGCUGGCAGAAACAGAGGGAGGGGGGAGGGGGAGCAGUAUUCCUUUCACUGUAGUAAAUGAUGAAGACGUAUUUUUGCCGUCGUCUUCCAGCGCCACUUUGGAUGUUGAAGGCGCGGGUGUGAAGAAGCCAGCUACGAGGCGUCCCGAAAAGAGCGCAACGUCACCGGCGAGUACUUGCAGUGUCCAGAGCGGUGACAUAAGAUUGUCCGAGAAAGACGAGGACGCCAGUCGAACUGAUAUUGUGGCUCGAAGUACUCCAGCCAAAGAGACUGAAGAGAAAAGCAGCGAAACGGGUGAGACACGUGGACAAUCCCCGAAACUAGAGCAGCCUCUUUUUCGAAGGACCAUAGGCGUAGGCACUUGUCCAGUGGAGACAAAAGAAGAUGACCGUCCGUUUGCUUGGAUCGACCGAUUACGAAAGACCAGGCACAGUUCGCUCUUACCGUCGAAAAAGUUGGGUCCGCUGACUAAGCGCCGCUCGCCCCUGGACGAAACAGAUGCUUCGCGAAAAACAGGCAGUGGUGAUGCUCCCGACGCGGCACCAGAAACCUCGGCAAGCAGUCUAGCACUCCGAAACGAGGCACAAGUACCCGCAGCUCGAAAGCCUUUUACAACCUCAUCCACCAUAGACCGUCCGCUGCAAGAGCAAGUGGCGCAGUUGAAGAAGACGCUGGCGCUGGAGAAAGACUUUGCGCAGGGUGUCUGCGCUGAGAAUACGGCGCUCAGUGACCAAAUAGCGAAGCUGGGCUCCGAAAUAUCGGCCCUGCGGUCGAGUGUAGAAUUGGGAGAGCGUGAAAGAGACGACAUACUUGCGAAAGCGAAAAGAGUCACGGACCGCCCUUUCGUUCACCAUAGCUGGUUGCACGAGAAGCUGCGAUCACUCGGUAACCCUGCGUUGUUAGCUUUUACUGUGAAAGUUUUUCAUUUAUUUGAAGUUCUCUACUUGUUUUUUCGGAUCAGUCAUUUAGAGGAACAGUUCCGUCAUGCAGUCGUCUCUUCCAUCCAUCAUCCUGUUUAGGCAGUCCGUAAAUCAAAAAAUUCGUCGUCUUUACAAAGACGCACUACUCGCAAUAUGAAAAAUUGAGCUAAUUUAUUCCAAUUCCAAUAUUACCUUCUUACUUGUUAUUUUCUGUGGCGUCUAUUCAGAAUCCCGAGAAGUGGGGGUGCAAGCUCCAGAUAGCACUAUGCAGUUUCUGCCGGUGCAUGUUGCGGUGCAGACAAGCUUCAGUCCUAAGGUGUUGCCAUCGCGGACGAAGAUCGGGACACUUCCUCCGAAUGCGGCCGCGAAGGACCGUACUAGUCAAGCUGAAAAGGAUCUAGAGUACGACAGGACACCGGACGAUGAAGCAGUAGAGGGAACAUCGCGGACGCUGGGGAAUAGAGGUGAAGAAGGCGGCGCCAGAGGUGGCACGUCGACAGGUGAACCGACAUGGACGACGACCGCAGGAAGCUUGUCAGCAAGGCUUAGCGAUAAUGCAACUCUCUCCAUCAAAGCAGGGAGUAGUAGCACUACGCGGCGAUCGGUUCGUGCUUCUCCUUUUUCAUCUCCGUCCAUGGCGGCGCGAUCAGGCAUAUCAACGGCAAUGCUUGGCUUUGCUAACCGCGCAGCGCAGUGAGUGGAUGAGGCGACGAAUCUUGCGCUGAUCGAGGCAUAUAUUUCAUGAAAUGUUUCGUAUACAAAUAACUAUAUCACGGCAAAUAAGCCCUCUAUAUUCAUAGCAUCAUUGAGAAUCACGAGUAUUACACGUAAUAACCAAUGUUCAACACUCUCCCUUUGUGCACAGAAGACAGUGCUGUCAGCAUGAUAGCAAGUUGCAAAGAUAGUAUCACUCAGCUUUUAUGAUUUUCACCGUUUCGCAAUAGUGUUUCGAUAGCUUUGAUGUUAAUGUUUCGUUUCUCAGUGAGACUCGCACUAGUAGUGCAGAGGGACUAGUGAAAGCCAGCGCCGAUGAACUGGUGAUUAGUUUAGAGUGUGUGUCGUGAUGCGCAGGUACUCGGUACACUUGUAUGGCGUGACUCAGAGAGGUUGAUGUUCAUGCGAUUGGCAUAUGUCAUGCGCAGAAGGAUAAUCGAGUCCUCGCGUCAUGUUGAUGUUGUACAGCAG